AUGUUGGCCCCCCUGUGGCUGCUUAGCCUUUCUCUCCCCACUCUGUGGGCAGAGAUAUUAAUCAGAUGUUCCUAUAAGAGUCUCUGCCAGCAGGCCCUAGUCUCGGGCAAUGAUGUUGUCCUGCAAUGUGACUACCCCAAGGCACUCUGGUACUUCUCUUCCAUUUUGGGGGAAGAUCCCUUCCUGCUCUCCUCUGUGCCGAACAUAAAGAAACUUCCUGGGGGCAGCCUUCAACUGACCAACCCUCAGCCGUCCCAGACAGGCCUCUAUCACUGCCAGGACAGUGACAAUGCCCUUGUGGUAGAGUACGAGAUUGACUUCCAAGAUGUCAGCACCCUGCACAUCACCCACAGAGGCCUGGGCCAGAAACCCCUGCAGAACGAGACCCUGAGUCUGGGUGGUCGUGUGCUCAUCUUUACCCACUGGGAGCCCUGGCAGGACUGUAACCGCUGUGGGGAGCCCGGGGAGCGGAAGCGGCUGGGCUACUGCUACAUCGAGGAGCCCCAGGAAAAAGCCAUGCCGUGCUGGCUCUACCUGAGAGGGGAGAAGACCCGCUCCAGCCGUCUGCGGACCGAACUGCAGGUGGAAGCCUGUCUUGCACCCUGCGACCAUGUCAAGGAAACCAACCAGCCAUACUUCAUCUUUGACAUUUACCCAUUGGGCAAGUUGACCAACAACAUGUGGCUUACCUGCCCCUUGGCUUCCAUCUACAGGUGA